CUCCACCUGUCCUUUCCGCUCUUUGAGUAGCUCCUCCGAUUUCCUCAAAAUGAAUUAGGUUUAGCUUACAGCGAGGGUUUAAGCAAUUGAAUUUGCAGACCAGCCAUUUCAAAGGUUUAGGGUUCCUUCCAUUUGGCUCAAGAUUGAUUCAUUUGCAGAGGGGUACCCAAUUCAUCAUCUAAGGAAGAGUUGCUUCUCAUCAGCAAUUUCUACACUCAAUAGGUACUUUUUGUUUCUAUCUUGUACUUCUGGGAUUUCAACUACAAGAUCAGCAAAAUUGGAUUUUAGGGUCUUUAUCUCAGAGUAAUUCAUUGCAAAAUUGGAGUUUAGGGUUUUUAUCUCAGAGUAAUUAUUGAAAUUGGAGAUUUUGGGGUUCUGAACAACACAUUUUGGGGGUUAAUUUAGUCUUCAGUUUAGGUUAACCUGUAAAGAAUGGAAGAAACAAGAAAUGCAUCCCCAUAUUUUAAUGGGGAAGAUAGAAUCAGUAGGUUACCUGAUGGACUAAUUCACCAUAUCAUGUCUUUCAUUGAUACUAAAUAUGCAGUUCAGACUUGUGUUUUGUCGAAACGAUGGAUUGAUAUCUGGAAAUCUCUGCCAUUUCUCAAUUUCAAUAGGAGUUUGUUUUAGCGUGAGAAUGCUGAGAAGUUCAUAACGCUUGUGGAUGUUGUAUUCAUAUUUCAUGAUGACACUGAUAUUCAGAAGUUUAGUGUGGAUUGGGAGGACUGUGAAUAUGAUAAUUCAGUGAUGAUGCAUGUUAACAGAUGGAUCUAUAAUGCCGUCAAGUAUAAUGUUCAAGAAAUAACUAUGGUAAUUGAGCAAUUGCAGAAUUCGGCAUAUGAAAUUCCUCAACGUCUUCUUAAUUGCAAGUCGCUAAAGAAGCUGGUAAUAAGAAUGUUUGAUGCUGCCAGAUAUGUAGAUAUUAUUCUGCCAAGAUCAAUGUAUUUGCCUCGGCUCAAAGUACUACUUUUAGAUGGAUUAUCAUUCUCCAAUUUGGAAUUAGCUAAAAAGCUUUUAUCAAGUUGUCCAGUUCUUAAAGAUUUAGAGAUAAUCAAUUGCGAUAUACAAUCUGAUAAUCAAAAGAUUUUGAUUGUUGAUUCCGUUAGCGUCAAGAAGUUUACUUACACUUGUUGGCUUAAUUAUACUAUGCCCAGCGUUAUCAAGCUAUGUGCUCCAAAUUUGGAAGAGUUCAAUUGCAGAUCUUUCUUCACACAAGAUUAUUCCUUAGAAAACUGUUCCCCGUUAUCCGUGGUUGAUUUAUGCAUGAUACUAGAAGAACAUGAAGAAGAUGAGAAUGCAGAAACAUAUUCUAAUCUGCCUUCAGAGGAAAAAGAAGUGUAUGCUAUACGUAUGAUGAAAAGUCUUGGAGCGGUUUAUAUGGUGAAACGUUUGAGACUAUCACCUGGAUUCCUUGAGGUUCUCUCACGAGCUCCUGACUUAUUAGACUAUCAACCACCUCGCUUAUGUAACCUAAAAUGUUUAACACUGGUAAUGUGGUCUACAAGAGGUUGCUUGCGGGCUAUAGUAUACUUACUCAGCAUUUCUCCUAACAUAGACACAAUUUACCUUGAACUAGAGAAGGUAACAUUUAACCAAGCUCUUCGUUCUAUAAAUUGGUCUGCAACGGCAACAUUUAAAUUUGUGCAACAAUUUUGGAACAUCCGAGGUUUUCUUAUUUCAGUUGUUUUGAUUGUAUUGAUUUUUGAUAUUUUUUGAUGAUCGUGAAGAUGCAUGAGCUAGUGAUUAGUAUUGCUCAUACAGAGCUCCAAGAUAUGGAACAAGACUGUCUUUCAAAACUCUCUUUUUUAUUGAUGUUCUUGUUCAGUUUUACAUUGAUACAGCACUGCCUUUUUAUAGGCUACAUUUGCCGACCCUUACCUUCUCUAGUUUUCUCUAGAUAAUACUAACUGCCGUAUCUUUUUGACUCACUUUAGACCACUCUAGUUUUGUCUGGAUAUUUCUCAUCUUAUCCCUAACUAUGUAGUUCACAUUACAACACUCUCACAUGGCAUCUCUGGACAUUUCUUUCAACUUCUUUUACUGAUUUACAACUACUAACAACUCAGUAAACUAAAUAAUUUUACCUUAAGAACAAACUUCAUUCACACUUGCAAAACUAGUCUAGAUUAUAAAUUAGUUUCCAACAGUUUGGAUAUAGUCCAAUUUAGCGGACGUUGGAGAUGACUGGGAAGCAGGAUUAUCAUUUCAGGGAAUGUUGUCUCACCUUUUGUCUGUCUUUAUCUUUGGAGCGGAUGGAUGUGAUGCUGAGUUCAAAAUUCUGAGAUUUUUGUUGAAAAAUGCAAAAAAUUUGGAGGAAGCAUCUCUAUUCUUUCGUUCCAGUGUUGGCUUGCCUGAUAGAGCUGGAAACGUUAAGCAAUUUAAGAAGCAGCUAAGAGCAGUUCCUACAGCUUCUUCAGAUGUCGAAGUGGUGUUUCAUUAAAACUUAGUAGUUGACAAUGUGAGCAGUUGAAAUGUUAAAAGAUGCAGAUACUACUCUGUCAAGAAGUAAGAAAUUACUGUGAAAGCCUAAAUAUGGGUUUAUCAUACUUUUGGAGUGAGAACCGAAUUGUGACAAUACAAGACUUCCCAUGGGAAAUCAAGUAGCUCCGCUCGGUGUUUCCUCAUUUUGUGUUUUGCCUCGCGUCUUCUUCUAUCAAAAUAGUUAUGCAAAUAUUUGGAACUGGAUUAAAUGUUAAAUAUUGA